AUGUCCAACCCAGCUUCGCCCAUCAAGCGCAAGCGCGAGAGCAGCAGUGGCAGCAGCAGCAAGUCGCCCAAGGUCGAGUCCAGCGACGGCAAAGGCGAGAGCAAGAACGGCGGCAAGAAGGCCCCGGCCAAACAGUGGACGGGAGAAGAACGUGUGAUGCUGCUCGAGGAAGUCGUCAAGGCCGGCGCGGCACAUGCCGACUGGGCGCGCGUAGGCGCCGAGUGCAGUGGCCGCACGGGCGUGCAGGCAAGUGGCCUCUGCCUCGCUGUGCAGCGCCAUACUGACGCAGAAGAGCCCGCACUUCAGGCAAGGGACCAGUGGCGCCAGAUUCUGCUGCCGAAGAUCAAGCAGCAGGUGCUGCUGGGCCUGCCGGGCCGAGGCGGCAGCGCGGCGGACGCCAAGUGA